AUGGCUGGAGGUGGUGUUCAGCAGGUGGUGGCCGUGCUCGCGGUGGUGGCGCUCAUGGCGGCGGCGGCGGAGGGUUUCAUCUCCAAGAAGACGUGGAGCGCCAUCCGGCGGGCGGACCGCGAUGGGCCCUUCGUGGGGCUGGUGGUGCCCAACGCCUACGAGAUGGAACCCGUCCUCAACUCCCCCGACUUCAAGCCCAGCAACAACAUCCCCAUCCUAGAUGUUCAAGGUAACCUAGCUAAGCAGCAGCAGCAGCAGCAGACGAUUCUCCGAGCAUGCACACAGUGA